AUGGAGGAAACUCGGUACUCAGGGUUCUCAGAGCGUCCCAGGAAGCGCUGCUGCAGGCAGGGGACACAGCUCGUGCUCUUGGGGCUGGUGACCGCCGCGCUGUGGGCCGGGCUGCUGACUUUGCUUCUCCUGUGGCACUGGGACACCCUACGGAGUCUGAAACAACUGGAAGAAACAGCUGCCCAGAACGUCUCUCAAGUUUCCAAGAACUUUUUAAGACACCAGAGUGACCAGACAGCCGAGCAAUCCCAGGCUGCCCAGAUGUUGCAGAGCCUGGAGGAACUCCGAGCUGCCCAGAAGCAGAUGAAAUCUCAGGACUCCGAGCUGUCCUGGAUCCUGGAUGGACUUCAGGCGGAUCUGAACACCCUCAAAUCCCAGAACUUGAACGAGAGGCGCAGGACCUCAGACUUCCUGGAGGGGCUCGAGGAGGAGGUGGCGAAGCUGUGGAUGGAACUGCGGGUGUCUGGCGGCUCUGUGUGCAACACGUGUCCCGGAAACUGGGUCAAUUUCCAGCGGAAGUGCUACUACUUUGGGGAGGGCGCCAAGCAGUGGAUCCAAGCCCGGUACGCCUGCAGUGACGUGGGAGGGCGAUUGGUCAGCAUCCACAGCCCGGAAGAGCAGGACUUUCUGACCAAACACGCCAGCAAGAAGGGCUCCUGGAUCGGCCUUCGGGACCUGGACGUGGAGGGGGAGUUUAUCUGGAUGGAUGGGAGCCCCGUGGACUACAGCAACUGGCUUCCGGGGGAACCGAACAACCAUGGCCAGGGUGAGGACUGUGUCAUGAUGCAGGGCUCAGGCCACUGGAAUGACAUCCUCUGCCGCAGCAAGCUGGAUGCCUGGGUGUGCGACCGGCUGGCCACCUGCACACCGUCUACCGCCUCGGCCUCGCAGGCGCCCCCAGGACCUGCUCUGAGACAAAGAUCCUAG